CACACACACACACACACACACACACACACACACACACACACAGAGUCUAACAGUCGUUGACCGGACUCGCAUCAGCCGCCUCUGACUGGGCAGCGUUUGAAGAAGAGAAGAAGAGCAAGAGGUGAUAGAAAGGAAAGAAAAAUAGAAAAGAGGGCGAAGAAGACCAGAGGAGUGCAUCCCUUUGGGUUUGUCUGAGUCAUCCAGAUUGAAUCUACAGCUGACAAUGGAGAACACAUGAGGGAAAGGGAACCGCGAGGAAACUUGGGGCAAAAAUGCUGCUGGGUGAAGUUAGUGGAUAUUUCUAGUGGGAUUUUGUUUCUCGUCCUUGAACUUUGGGGGAGAACUGCACAGGGUCGAUCGCGGAUUGCAAAGAGGAAGAAGGUGGGACAUUGGAGAAAAGGGCUCUCCAAGAAGCAUGGCGUCCACCAACCUUUUCUCCUGCUGCUUUUUCCUCUUCUUUCUCUUUUCUUUCUUGGUUAUCCAGCCAGCCCUCACCCAGAGUCCAUCAGUCACUGCUGUGACAAUAACUGAGGGUUCCCCUAACACACUGACUAACCAGACAACAACCAGCUAUACAGAGACCACCCAGAACACUCCUCCGGAGACAGGGCUUUCCACUCCCAACAGUGGCGGAGAUGCAGACGAUGAGGAUCUCCCUCCUCCCGGUGGGACGCGCUGCCAGGGUUACUAUGAUGUCAUGGGCCAGUGGGACCCACCUUUCAACUGCAAUGCUGGAGUCUUUCUUUACUGCUGUGGUACCUGCUUCUACCGCUUCUGCUGCCAGUUCCGUCAGCAGCGGCUGGACCAGAGCAUCUGCUCCAACUAUGACACUCCCAUCUGGGCCAACACUGGGAAGCCAGUGGCCACCAUCACAGAGGGCCAGGGGGACCUGGACCGGGACCGCACACAACUUAUCGUGUACAUCAUCUGUGGGGUGGUGGCCAUCAUGGUGCUGGUGGGCAUCUUCACCAAACUGGGCCUGGAGAAGAGCCGUGGAGGAAGUGGAGGAGGUGCAGGGGCGACACAGGCUGACCUCAACUCCAGGACACUGACAGACCUGCUGAAGCAGCAGGGGGGUGAGGUGAGCUCAGAGGAAAAUGCCACGGCCAGUCCGCCCAACGGAGGGAGAGCCAACGGCGUCUCAGCCAGGAUGCUGCGCAGCAGGAGUGAACAGUACCAGCUGAAUAACUCUGCUUAUGGACCAUUUGGACAAGGGCUCCCACACCCUCACAGCAACCACAGCACAGUGGGCCUGAACAAGUACAGCUCCCUGAAAGCUGUGGCUGAAACUGCAUCUCGUAGCUACUACAAGAGCUUCCCUCUCAUGGAUUUCUCCCAGUACCAGCCUGUGGCACCCCCUGCCUUCCAGCCUGUGCCCAUUCCACCUAAAGAGAAGUCAUACAUCCACCACCAACCCCUGCCGGCCCACCACGACAUUCACUCCCCUCUUUCCAUCUCCAUCCCCCCCAGCCACCUCGAGCAGUCACGCCUCCCUAAGACCUCCACACACCCGUUUCUCUCCAACUCAGCCUUCAAAGCGUGGGAGCCAAAUGCCCGCCAUGUCCACAGGCAGACCUCUGCCCCAGCACACACUUCCACCUCUAUGCACAGCUCCACCCGGAGACACAACUACUCAACCCGGAAGAGCAUAGAGAACGUGCCAGAUCUCUAUAAUCCGCCCUAUGGAGGGAUGUAUGGAGGAACUGGAGGGGGAGUGGGAGUGGGACAAGGGCAGCAUGUCCAGGGGCCACAUCCAUCUCAACCCUCUUAUUACCACCACACCAGGCAGAAGAGCUACUCCACCCACAGUGCGAAUGAGGUGACUGUCUGAGUGACGACAACUCUGAGGGCAACCUUCCACGCAACAACAAAAAAGCUUUGGUGUUCGCUAAAAUGCCAGAGUAUGGGACAGCUCGUCCAACAUGCGGUUAAUUAAGGAAGGAGCUUUUUUUAAAACACAAAAAAUGAAAAGGGGUGUUUUCAUAAGUGGAAACAGUGAGGUUCAGGAGGAAAACACCACCACUUUUAGAGAAAAUGGACUUUGCUAGUAAAAGUUAUUACCGCACUGCAAAGAUCUCGUAUAAUAAGUAUUUAGAUUCCAGCUAAAGGGUAUCUCAAAUCCAAUCUCAGGCUCCUGUAGGCUGCAUGUCUAUAAUAAUAUUCAACCACUACAGAUUUGCCACUACAA